AUGUCUAACAGAUCUGGUACACCCCCCAAGAGGCGUAUCUCCGAAGCAGCAGCGGAAUCUUCAACCCCACCACCUAAAUCAUCAAAGAUGUCAGCUUCAGCACCCAUCUUCAACCCUUCUCGUCCUAUCAAUAGCAUAACAUCGUUCCAUGAUGUUGCACAAUCAAUGUUCAAGAAAGAGCAAGAGGUAGGAGAUGGUGCAGAAGAUGUAGAAGGUAAUAUACCUAUUGGUGAAACUUCCAACCGAAUUACCAAACCUUUACCUUCCUCUUCUUCUGGUACUGGUCGAAAAGGUGUACAGCAGACUAGAGCGGAUUUCGUACCUAAGCAGGCUACUGUACCUAAGACUUUGGAGGCGAAGGAAAACACUAGGAGGCUGAUUGUGGUUUUAUCACAGGCAUGCCUCGAAGCAUAUAGAGUAUCAUCCGGAUCAGGAGGCAAGAACUCUUCAGGUAAAGAAGCUAAAUACGCUUUAUUGAAUUGUGAUGAUCAUCAAGGUAUCCUGGCAAAGACUGGAAGGGAUAUAGCGGAUGCUAGACCAGAUAUUACCCAUCAGUGCCUUCUCACUCUCCUUGAUUCUCCACUUAACAAAGCUGGUUUACUCCAGGUGUACAUCCAUACUGCUAGAGGCGUUUUGAUUGAGGUGAAUCCCAGUGUUAGAAUACCGAGGACUUUCAAGAGGUUUUCGGGGUUGAUGGUCCAAUUAUUACAUAAAUUGUCUAUCAGAGGUGUUAACGGGAGUGAAAAACUAUUGAGAGUGAUCAAGAACCCAAUCACCGAUCAUUUACCUACCAACACCAUCAAGCUAACACUUUCCGCCGACGCACCUACCAUCCGAUUAUCUCAAUUCUUACCUACCCUACCUGAAACUCAUUCGGUCUGCGUCUUCGUCGGUGCAAUGGCAAGAGGUGCCGAUAACUUUGCAGAUCAGUUUGUAGAUCAGAAAAUCUCAAUUAGCGACUACUCUUUAUCCGCUUCGGUAGCUUGUGGGAAAUUCUGUUGCGCGAUGGAGGAAAUGUGGAAUAUCAUUUAA